ACAAUGCGUUUUUUAAGUUGCGCUUUCCUUUUAGUAACCAUUUGUGGUUUGGCUAUGGCAGGAUAUUUGCAUGAAUCUGCCAGCAGUUAUGCCGAAGUAUCCAAACAUGAAGACGAAAAGAAUGAACAUCAUGAGUUUCACCAUGAAAACCAGGAGCAUGGUGAAGAGGUUUACGACUAUCAUAGCCACCCUAAAUACCAAUUUGAUUACGGUGUGAAGGAUACGAAGACCGGUGACGUAAAAAAUCAGUGGGAGUCUCGUGAUGGUGAUAAGGUUAAAGGAGUCUAUUCCCUGAUAGAACCCGAUGGUAGAACACGUUUAGUUGAGUAUACAUCGGACAAGCAUCAUGGUUUCAACGCUGUGGUCAAACACAUUGGGCAGGCCGAUCACGCCGAUCAUGCCGAACAUCACGAACAUUAUGAUGUACAUGGUCAUGAAAAAGGUCAACAUCAAUGGGACAGUUAUGGCAAUAAAUUGUAAAUAAUGAUCUCUAGCAGCGUAGCUGUGUGAUAUAGAA